AUGCGUCGCCAAGUUCCAGGCAAUGCCAAGUCGUUCACUAUUCUGCGACUAUUCCGUCUACUCCGGCUAGUAUUAGCCUUGCGUAAAGCAGGGAGGAGCAGGAAAAAACGUAAAGGCCAGAAUGGUGCUGAUACUGCCCUACAGUUCAGUUCUAGGGUGGACAAAGUCGUGGACAUUCUCCGUGAUGUGUAUGAGGUCAAGGGUCUGUCAGGGCCUAUGCGAGAGAGGCUCAAUUGGGCCACUGAGAUCAUCCAAACCAACAACCUGUACACCAUAUCAGUCAGCGCAGGGAAGGGCGGAUCGUCAGCAGACGAGGAUGAGGAGGAUGAGCUUGGUCCGAUUCGACAGGAAAUUAACGAGUGGUUGACUCUGGGGAGUGCUAGUGCCAAGACAAGUACCAAACCUGGCGGGAUAACGAGUGGAGAAAUCGUGCUAAAGAAAGCAACGGACAAUGCUGCAGUUGAAGACGAUACGGCUAAGGUGCCUCCCAGUACGAGGACAAGGGAACUGUUGAAGAACAUUCUUGAUGGUGUGGCGAUGGAUAACGAACUCACUGAUAUGACUGGCAUACAGAGGUUUGAUAUGGACCCUGCCACUUCACGGGUUGUUGCCUAUUUAUCGCGCUCGGCGACAUCGUGGGGUUUCAAUGUCUUCACUUUACGGUUCCUCCUCGGGCACCCAGAGAGCCUUCCUGAUCCGGGAGCUUCCGAUGCGGCCUACGCACCGGAGAUUGACCCGAUGUUGAAGAACCCUGCGGAGGUGCUCGCCUUGUCCAGUCCAGUGCAGAACCAAAGAAAAGGAGUCUUUGCCUUUAUGCAACCAAGAGUGCGGCGUGCGGCUACUCGUGGAGCCGGUGGUCAGUUUGCUUCAACAGUGAGGUUGACCUCACUUGGGGAGGACGUUUUCAAUGGCACUCUGUACAGAAGCUACAAUUCUCAAGCUGCAUUCGGUGUCUAUGAUGAUCAUGACCUGCCGAGGCUUCCAGUGCUAGCAUGUUCGGGGAUGUACUUCUUAUCUGUGGUAUCCGCCUUCGGGUCUGAAUACGGCCAGAUCGAGCCACAUCAGGCAGGGCAGUCCGAGGACUCUCUGAAGGGUCAACCCGUCGUCCCAUCUGAUCCUGGUCGUGAGUCCACCUCCUUGUAA